GCGAGGGGGCAGCUCGGGUCGGGGAGGCCGGGCUGUGCGCGCCCGGCUCUGAGGUGCGUUGCUUGGGACGCAGCCAGCGGCGAGAGGCGGCUCCCCAGCGCCGGGGACGGGCGUGCUCCCUGUGCCCCGUCCCGGGGCUCCUGCGGCGGGGGGAGGCGGAAGCCUCGGGCGGGACCGCGGGCAGAUGGAGCCGCGCGACCGUUAAACGGCUGCCCCGACGGCGGCGGCGGGACCAGCCCGUGGGGCCGCGCCGCCCUCCUGGGCCGUGCCCGCCCGAGCCGCGACCCGCCCGCCGGCGUUGCCGUCCCGCUGCCUCGGCCGGACCGCAGAGCUGCCGGCGCGGGACCCGCCGGGUGCUCGGCGCCUCUGGCAAAUAAAUCACUGCGGGUCAGCACUUGCCGGUCGGAGCAUCCUUGGGUGUGCGGAGUCAACUUCAGCUCUCUGGAAGAAAAUCUAAGGCACCACCUCCUCCAUCUGAAACAAAAUCCGUUGCUGUUUCUCCAUUUGAUAACACAGAGCCAACCAACCUCAUCAUGGAACAGAAGGAGAAUGUAAUCGAUAAAGACAUUCAAUUAUCAGUGGUCCUGCCAGGAGAUGUGAUCAAGUACACUACAGUGAAUGGGAGGAAGCCCAUGAUGGACUUGCUGAUCUUUCUCUGUGCACAGUAUCAUUUAAAUCCAUCAAGUUAUACCAUAGAGUUGGUAUCAGCAGAAAACAGCCAGAUUAAAUUCAAACCCAACACACCAGUGGGAAUGCUUGAAGUAGAAAAAGUGAUUGUAAAGGCGAAACAAAUGGAUAAGAAGAAACCUGCUCCAGUUAUACCAGAGCAAACAGUAAGGGUAGUGAUAAACUACAAGAAGACACAGAAAACAGUAGUAAGAGUUAGUCCACAUUCACCCCUUCAAGAGCUCCUAUCAGUUAUCUGCAGCAAGUGUGAGUUUGAUCCUUCACAUACUCUACUACUGAAGAGUUACCAGUCUCAAGAACCCCUUGAUAUGACAAAAUCUCUUAAUGACCUUGGACUAAGAGAACUAUAUGCCAUGGAUGUCAGUCAAGCCACAUCACCAGUUGAUUUAAAUUUACCAUCUUUUCAAGGCUCCUACCAAUCUGAAAACAUGGACGUUCUGAAGGAGAAAGAAAACAAAGGAUUUUUCAGCUUUUUUCAACGAAACAAGAAGAAAAGAGAACAAGCUGCCAGUGCCCCAGCAACUCCAUUGAUGAGCAAGCCAAGGCCAACAUUCAUCACGAGGUCUAACACUGUCAGCAAGCAGUACGACUCAAGCACUCUGCCAGCGGAAAUGCCGAAGAAACGGAGAGCUCCUCUGCCACCCAUGCCCAGCUCCCAGAGCGCUCCGCAGGAGCUCGCGCGAGCCCAAGGCAGACCUGCAGCUAAUAUUGUGAAAUCCAACAGCUUUAAUAGGAAUGAACAGGCCCCUGUGGGAUUAGCACGGAAAGGUUCCCUGCCGCUCAGCGACACCGCUUCCGUGAACUCCUCGCUACGCAGGAUGAAGCGCAAGGCGCCCUCACCACCCUCCAGAGCACCAGAAGAUCAAAGUGAAAGCAGUAAUGAGCCUGUAACAGAGUCAACAGAAUCAGCCUCCACUAAAGUGGAAGGAAGAGCCACUGAAAUGCAGCCUGAAACAGAUGUAAAGAGCUCAGAAUACAACCUGGAAGAAAUUGAUGAAAGGGAGGAGAUAGGUGUGCAACAGGGAGAGGACAGUGGAAGUACCAAUACCUCUCCUGGGACAGGAGAGGUUACUGCAGCCUUCAGCUCUGCUGAGGUAUCACUGGAAAAUGACAAAAAUGAUCCUGCUUCAUCAGCUCCUGCUCCUGGCAGUGUUCCCACAGACAACUUGCAAAGCUUUAAGGAAGAAAAACAAGAAAAUAUGAGCACAGAUGGCAAAGGACUACAGACUAAGAUAAGCAGCGAGGAUGCUGGAUUUCAAACAGACAGGAAGCUUAAAAUUUCAGAUCAAAAUAAAACUGAUGAUCACAGUGAUACAAACCUCCUUCCAGCAACAGAAGAAGGGAAAGAACUUCAGACAGCUGAAAUUAAAACAGUAGAUUUUCAAGAGAAUAACAAGCUUGAAGUUGACAGACUAUCAAACUGCCAGGCAUGUAAAAAUGACAUCUCUGUAAGUCAUAGGAAUUAUCCUCAACUGAUUUCAGAAAAGCAAGGUGGCAAAACAAAUGCAACUGACUUGGACACAGUAAAAACUCAGGAUGUUGGAAUCCAGACUUUGGAUAGCAAUUUGGGAAGGACAGCGCAGAAGGAAAUAACUGUUCCUCAGGGUGUUGAAUCAUCCACAUUUAGAGAACUGGUUCCUCAACACAACAGAGAUAAGAACAACUCCCUUGCUCAAGUGAUGCAUGGAAGGCAUCAAGACAGUCAAGAUACUUCAAUAGAACAAAAUCUUGAGACACAAGAAAUAACUCAUAAAAAAGUAAUUCCAAUAAAAGACCAGAGUCACAUCUGUAUAAAUGGCAGUGAUUUUGCUUCACCAGAAACAGCUGCUGAAACUCUAGAUGACUCUCCUGUAAAAGGUCAGCCUUUUUAUAGACAGGACGCCAAACCUAAACCCAAACCUGCUAAUGAAAUUACAAGGGAUUACAUACCAAAAAUUGGGAUGACUACUUAUAAGAUAGUGCCUCCAAAAUUCUUAGAAAUGAUGAAGAGCUGGGAAUCAGAAGUUCUAUCAGACCAUAAAGAUCAAGAAUUGUCUACUUUGGGAGACCCCAAAGAAUUCAUAGUGCAAACUGAAAUUCCUCAUUUGUCAAAAAGUGUGGGUCCUUUACAGGUUGGGUCACAGAAUGAAUCUGCAGCAGCAAAUGGUCUGCUGCAGAGAGUGAACAGCAUUUCUGAACAUACUGUGACCUCUGGAGCUGAGAUUACUACUGAGAGCAAUCAGAUGGGAAAAGAGUCUUUCAGGCAGCCUGUCCCACUGAUGCUAAACUUGGAUAAUACAAAUUCUUCUUCUGAGACUCAGGACAAGUCAAAUGCAUUAAGUCCAUUAAGUCCUACAAUGAAGCCUAGUUCUUUUUAUCUGCAGAUGCAACGAAGAGCGUCAGGUCACUAUGUGACAUCUGCAGCUGCCAGAAGCACAGUUUGUGCUCCUAAUUCAAUUCAAAAUGAAGUUAAGAACACAGAGAUGGGUAAAAAAAUCUCAUCACCUGAUUUGACUUCUUUGGCUUUACAAAAAACAAGUAUUCCCUCUCCUCCUGCAGAUCAAGAAAAAGCUGAUGAUGGAAAAAUCAUUGAAUCUUCCACUUCUCCUGUUAAAAGCAAUAAGCCUUUAAAUGUUCCCUCCUGUCCUCCUCCCUCAGCACCACUGAAUCUAAAAACUCUCAGAACUUUUGCAGUUCCAAAGCCAUACUCCAGUUCAAGACCAUCCCCUUUUGCUCUUGCUGUCUCCUCUGCUGUCAAAAGGUCGCAGUCAUUCAAUAAGACGCGUACAAUCACUAGCCAGGCACCGAGAGAGGAAUUUCCAGUGGAACUCUCCUCUGUCCCUUCGGCAGCUGGAUUCUCCUCAGCUACCUCCAUGCCUGAAGUGAAAAGUCCUUCCUUACAGACCAUAACAGCGGGGUCACAAAAUAGUCUAAUGGAUAAGAAAGACAGCCAUGUGCAUAGUGAGCAGAAGAGUCAGGCGCAGUCAGGUGCUUCCCCUGGCCACCCACGCCCUGUCACCAAGAGACAAACCGCGAUGACGCUGCCGCGUGCUGACCCCGAACAGAUCCACCAGAGCCUGCUGGCUGCAAUCCGCUCUGGAGAAGCUGCUGCCAAAUUGAAAAGGGUUGGUCCUCCAUCAAACACCAUAGCUGUCAAUGGAAGAGCCAGGCUUAAUCCUUUGUAUCCCACAGAAGCUAAGGCUAAUCCCUAGAUAUUAUACCAAAUACUUUGCACUUUACUACUGCUUCAUAGGCCAACUUAAUACUAACUAUAAAUUUUUGAAAGUGUAAAUGCAAGUAUAUGUUAAUAUAUUUUUGUCAACAGUAAUAACAAUUUCAAGCUGGAUCUUUUGAUGCCUUGAAAAGAUUAUUAGAAUAUGUAAAUUAUAGUAAUAUUUUGCCUUUUUAUCUUUAUAAAGCUGACUUUGCUGCUAAAAAGUUUUAAGACAAGGUGUAGGUGAGCUUUGCUUAUGAUAGAAUGAGAAUUGAAGAUUCUUGAUUUUAGCCUUCAAGACUAAACAAGAUGUAGCACUAUGCUGAAAUUACAGAUUGGAAGAGACCUAAAAGGUUUAGAUAAAUAAUUAAUUUUGAAUUGUAUUACUUUAACAGAUUGUAUGAACUUAAAUAUACCACAUGCUGCCUCCAUAUUACUUUAUUAAAUUAAAAUUGUAAUUAGUAGAAAUCUUAAUUCAAUGCAAUACUUUGUUUCUGUCUAAAAAAAUAGCUGUUUUUCUUCCUUUAGCAGACAGUAAUUGGGAUAUGUAUUUGGAUUAUUUUUUUUUUUUACUUUCCUGUAAUUGUAUUUCCUGGUAGCACACACACAAAAAAAUCAGGACAUAAAUUAUUGGAAACUUUUGUACUACUCAAAAAUCUUUUCUUAACAGUAGCAUGACAUGAUGUUUCUCAACUACUCUUUAAAUAUCUGUAUAUAGUAUUUACCUAGAACUUAGAUAAGCAAUAAUUUUCAUGAGCUAAUUAUGUCUUUAAGUAACUGUCAACAUAUAGUCACUUACUAAUGAAAACAAAUUCCAGUUUUGAUACUUAAUGAAAUAGAAUAUUUUUUUUACUAAAGGUAUAACUAAAAAAUGAACUUUGGACUUGUUAAUAUAAGAUAUUUCAAUCUUAAAACAGCACAAAAACACAUAAAUCAUGCUUAUGUCAGAUAUCAUAUUUAUGGAUUCAACAUUAAGUACAAAAAUAGGAAUCUAUUAAAAGAAAAUGUUCGACGUUGUAUUUUAUCUAUUUUGAGUUUCUUGUCAAGAUUAUACAUUUUGGGGGAGGGGUGGAAAUAUGAUCACACUCAUGAUGAAAUAGCUACAUUAUGGAUGCAUGCAGCAAGUCCUGGGGUAUUUGCCAUAUUAAAAUAUUUUUGUGCUGGACUUGAUUUAAAAUUAAGCAAUUGUAUUUAGUUUCUGUUCUCUCACUAUGUAUAUAUAUAUUGUACUUUAGAAACAUUAUGUAACUCAGUUUCAGUAACUGAUCUGUGUGUGCAUUUUAAAAUUGUUUGCUGCCAGGUUUUUGUGCAAUAAUCUCAAAGAGGUCUAAUUACUUUCCUAGUCCAGAGUCAAUUAUCAAUUACAAGUUAUGGUGUUAACUUAAUGCUGAAACCCUUUAAGGAAUAUUUUAGUAAAAAGAAAUUCAUAAAGACAUCUGAAAAUUUUUUUUUUCAUUGCUUUUCACUCCUGUUUUCUCUUCUGUGUCUUGGUCCCUUGUCAAUGUGUGUUACCACUUCCAUGUCCUAUUUGUUCUUGCCUCCAAUCAAGAGUUCAUUCCAAGGGUGGUGGAAGCUCACGUGGUAGUUCAAAAGACCUGUUUCAGGGUCUGACUACAAAAGAAAGUUUCAACUUUCACUUGAAAAUAGUGAGAUAACAGACAUAGGGGCUUUUCUAGUUUCUAACUGGGGCUUACAUUCUAGAUUUCACUGUCUUGAGGGACAGACUUGAAAAUUGUAACUUACUCUCUGGAUUCUAGUCUGUGUUCAUUGUGAUAUUUGAAGUCUGUGUUUUAGGCAUUCCUAUACACCAUGCUGAUCUGAAACUGCCAGAGAAGGGGUUGCAUUGUGAAAAGAGUGUUUUCCUUAUACUUUGGGUUUGUGGGAGUCAUGGGGUUUUUUUCAAAUGUUGGUAUUCUCUGCCAAGGUGACCAAAGUUAUUUAAUAAAAUAAUUUAAUCUUCAUCUGUGCUAAUAAAAAUAUAUAUGAUGUUUCACUUUUUCAAACAAAUCAACAUAGUCCAAUUUCUUGUUUUGGGGAAAGUUCAAAUAAUCAUGCUUUGUUCUUUUCUUUAGUUUUGACAACAAAACUGUACUACUGUAUGUUUCUUAGUCCCAUAUAUUAAAAAUAAACUGCCUUUUCAUGUGAACUCCUGAAGGCAAAUAUCAUCUUAUGUAACAGAGAUUAAAACCACCUUGCUUGAAUUUUAGGGUUUCUUCUUUGUGUAACUGAACUCGCUUGAUAACUAACUGAAAUGUCUACACAUGCUAUAGUACUGUGAAACUCUUCAAUGAGACUUGUUACUAGCUGGCAAUUUUGUUUAGCUAAACUUUCUCUUUCCCUCUUCUUCCAACAUGUAUAUGUAAGACAUUUUUAAAUCUUGCUAUUGCAUUUCUACAGAUGCUUUUUUUUCUUACACUCUUUUAUUAAAGUCUACUAGAGAAA